AUGGCCAAGAAAAGAUCAGGAAACCAAACUGUCAUCCAGGAAUUUCUGCUCUUGGGAUUUGGAGAUCAGCCAGAAACACAAACAGUUCUCUUCCUCUUAUUCUUGGCAAUCUACAUUGUAACCAUUGUUGGAAAUCUCUUCCUCAUCACCCUUGUUAUCACUGAUCAGCGUCUUCACACCCCCAUGUACUUCUUUCUGGGGAACCUCUCCUGUUUGGAAUUCUUCUAUAGUUCAACCAUCCUUCCCAGAAUGUUAGCGACUUUCUUUGCUGACGGGGAAACUAUUUCUGUUAAUGAAUGCAUUGUUCAGUAUUAUUUUUUUGGUUUCCUGUUGGGUACAGAAUGUUACCUCUUAACUGCAAUGUCAUAUGACCGGUAUUUAGCGGUAUGUAGACCCCUGCAUUAUGGAAGCCUUAUGAACUGCCGGAUUUGCCUCCAGCUAGCUGCUGGUUCCUGGUUCAGUGGUUUUCUUGCUAACAACAUCGUGAUAUAUUUUAUUUCACAGCUAGUUUUCUGUGGCCCCAAUGAAAUUGACCAUUUCUUUUGUGAUUUCGCUCCUAUGGUAAAACUGUCCUGCAGUGAUACCCAUCUGACUGAAGUGGUCACCAGCAUCCUGGCUGCGGUGUUUACCUUACCUCCCUUCCUUCUAACACUCCUGUCUUAUAUAUGCAUUGUAGUCACCAUCCUCAGAAUUCCAUCCACCACUGGCAGGCAGAAGGCCUUUUCCACCUGCUCCUCUCACCUCAUCGUAGUGACCAUUUUCUAUGGUACUGUAAUGGUAGUAUACAUGCUUCCCAAGAGUAAUACACUGAGUGCUCUUAAUAAAGUGUUCUCUGUCUUCUACACCAUCUUGACACCCCUGGCCAAUCCCCUCAUAUAUAGCCUGAGAAACAGAGAGGUAAAAGAAGCAUGGAAGAGGGUUUUCAAUAAAUGCAUGGCUGCAGCAUAA